AGCCAGUGUGUGUCUCUCAAAUAAUCUCAUAAUGCCCCAACUUUGUGAGGUCUAAAGGUGGAUUUUCCUUCAAUUUUUGCCUUUUCCGGAAACCAUGAAGAUCUGUAACAGGAGCUAUUUGCAAGAAGUCUAUGUCUUCCUGCAUCUAGCAGCUUGCGUGGCAGGCAUGACAGGGAGAUGCAGUCUGUUCGGAAGACAUCAUGUUCACACGUUUGAUGGCGUUUUAUAUGAGUUUCCUGGAGACUGCAGCUACCUGCUGGCAGGGGACUGCAACCAUCGCUCCUUCACACUGCUGGGUGACUUUCAAAAUGGCAAAAGAACAGGACUCACACUGUUUCUGGGAGACGCCUUUGAGUUGCACCUGUCAGUGGAUGGGCGGCUCUCGCAAGGAGAAAAAAGACUCUCCCUGCCCUAUGCGUCUCAUGCUGUGUUUGCUGGCUCAGAGCUCGGUUUUUAUAAGCUCUGGAGUGAAGAGUUUGGCUUCACUGUUACCAUUGAUAAUGCAGCCAACAUCGCCCUGACACUGACCAAGCACCAUGCCAACCACACCUGUGGCCUCUGUGGCAACUUCAAUGCUGUUUCAGCUGAUGAAUACACUGCUCAAGAGGGGUUCCUGACAGAAGACAGCUAUGAUUUUGCAAAUUCGUGGGCAGUGAAGGGGGCUGACCAGUCUUGUCGACGGGUGUCAAAUCCCAGCCACUCUUGUAACAGUACAGAAGGAACUGCAGCGAUUUUGUCCAGCUGCAGUGUGUUGCAAACAUCAAGCGUAUUUCUCCACUGUGCCCACCUGGUCUCUCCUGAGGCAUUCCAGUUAGUGUGUCAGGCCGAGGCCUGCCACUGCGACCACAAGAAUGCAGAAGACUGCUACUGUCCGAUCCUGUUGGAGUACGCUCGCUCGUGCCACUCUCAUGGGCUGCUUCUGCACGGCUGGCUGCAGGAGAGCCAGUGCUUUCCCAAGUGUCCAAUCGGGAUGCAGUACAGUGAAUGCACUAAGUCCUGCUCUACAACAUGCCAUAGCCUCAACAUACAGGAGGUGUGCAAGGAACAGUGUGUGGAUGGCUGCACAUGUCCCGCUGGCAAGAUUUUGGACGGGAAUCGCUGCGUGGAAGUAUCUCAGUGCUCCUGUAUACACAUGGGGAGGCAUUUUCCUCCAGGAUCUACUAUCUCCCAGGACUGCAACACAUGUGUGUGCCGACAUGGAUCCUGGGAAUGUACCAAUGAAGGGUGCCCCGGUGAGUGCUUGGUUGUUGGCCAGUCCCACUUCAAGAGCUUUGACAACAAGUUUUUCACCUUCACCGGCCACUGUCAGUAUCUCCUGGCGGAGGACUGCACUAACGAUGAGUUUUCUGUCAUAAUUGAAAAUGUCCAGUGUGCAGAUGAUCAGAAUGCUGUGUGCACACGUUCGGUGACACUCAGUCUGGCCUCUCUGGAGAACAUGACAGUGAAGCUGAAGCAUGGAGGAGUUGUUUCUGUCAACAGUAUGGACAUCCAGACUCCAAUGCAUCAUGGUCAUCUGCAUAUCCAGAGGUCUGUACAGUCUUCUGUUCGUGUCAAGUUUGGUGAUGAUCUUCGUCUGGACUGGGAUGGCCGGGGACGUGUGCUUCUAAAGCUGGGACCACGAUGGAGAGGGCAGACCUGCGGCCUCUGUGGAAACUACAACGGUAACCAAGGUGAUGACUUCAUGUCUGGCUCUGGACUAGUUGAAGCAGGUCCUCACGCUUUUGGCGAGGCCUGGAGGAUCAAUGGAGACUGUGAAUCCACUCAUAAGCACGAUAUGGAUCCGUGUGCCAUUAAUCCCAAAAGAGUUCGUUUCGCAGAGGAGGCUUGUGCGGUGAUGAUGUCGGAUGUGUUCAGCCCCUGCCACUUUUUGGUGAACCCGGGUCCGUUCCAGCGGUUCUGUCGUUAUGACGUGUGUGCGUGUGGGGACAGCGAGGAGUGCCUCUGCUCUGCGCUGUCUGCUUACGCAGCUGCCUGCUCUGCCAGAGGAGUGCUGCUCAACUGGAGGUCCCCUUCACUCUGUGAGAUGGGCUGCACUGGAGGCCAGGUCUACGAGGCCUGUGGGAGCGUCUGCGAUCGGACGUGCCGUGCUCUAUCUGGCUCUGAGGCCGGCUGUGAGGGGGAGCGGGUCUGUGAGGAGGGCUGCUUCUGUCCCGCUGGGAAGUACCUCAGCGCCUCCGGGGAGUGUGUGCCAGCCGAGCUGUGCUCCUGCCUGCACGAUGGACAGCUCUACCAGCCCAAUGACGUCUAUGCAGAUCACAACAGCAUCUGCUACUGUGAGAAUGGCUCCAUGCGUUGCAGCUCCAGUGAAAUGUCGUCAUACCUGUCUGACCUUUUCUAUGACGAUGACCUGGCACCAUCCAGAGAGCGACGGGCAGCUAAGUGCCCUCCGCCACUUGUUCACGCUGCGUGUCAUGCCGGUGAAAAGGGCCUGGAGUGCGCCAGAACCUGCCAGAAUCUGGAUCUCCCAUGUGUCAGUCUCAACUGCAUCCCAGGCUGCCUCUGUCCACCCGGCACAGUACGUCACCGCAGAGACUGCAUCCCACCAGAGCAGUGUCCUUGUUACCAUAACAACAAGCCAUAUGCAGCAGGACAGAGCAUCACAGCUGACUGCAACACCUGCGUGUGUGAGAACAGAAAAUGGCGCUGUACAGAGAAGUUUUGUGAUGGCGUGUGCCGCACUGUGGGGGAGGGGCAUUACAUCACUUUUGAUGGCCUGAAGUACUCUUUCCCUGGACUUUGCCAGUAUGUCCUGGUCCAGGACAUGUGUCAUGGAGAAGAGGGUACCUUCAGAGUGUUGGUGGAGAAUGAGGCCUGUGGAGUUGUGGGGCAUCGCUGUGCAAAGGCUAUUGCAAUUUUCUACCAGGGCGGGUUAAUCAUGAUGCAGCAUGGAGAGGUGAAGAUGAAGAGGCCAGUGCCGCAGAGUUCACAGGUGGAGAUUGUCAGAUCUGGUCAGUUUUACACCCUUCUGCUGGGGAAGCACAUCUCCAUCAGCUGGGACAGAGGAACCCGCCUCCUGGUUCACAUCUCCGCUUCAUACAAGGGUCGGGUGUGUGGCCUGUGCGGUAACUUUGAUGGGAACGUCAAUAAUGACUUGAUGAGCAGUAACAACCAGCUGGAGGUGGACUCCUCACACUUUGGAAACUCCUGGAAGGUCGUUCCCAGCUGUGCUGAUGUAACAGAGAUACCUGCUCCUUGCAGUAAUGACAUUGUGAAGUUGGUUACAGUGGAGCAGUCAUGUCGCGUCAUCACUGGUCCCCUCUUCAGAGAAUGCAACAAUCAGGUGGAUGCAGAGCCAUAUGUAGAGAUGUGUGUGGAAGCAGCAUGCUCGUGCCCCUCUGUGGGCGACUGUGCAUGCUUCUGUGAUGUUAUUGCAGCCUACGCACAGGCCUGCUCAGAGAAGGAUGUAUCCAUCAGUUGGAGAUCUAACGACCUCUGCCCCUUGAGCUGCGAGGAGCUGAACCCGAAGACAGCAGGCGUAGGGGAGGAGUUGUGCCAGUGGAGGUAUAACACAUGUGGCCCUGCGUGUCCCCUCACCUGCCAGCACCCGGAUCCCCUCCACUGUUCACUCACAUGUGUGGAAGGUUGCCAUGCCUACUGCCCCCCAGGUCAACUUCUGGAUGAGGUGGCCAUGCGAUGUGUGAAUCCCUCUCAGUGUCAGGUCUGUAUCCAUGAAGGCCAGAGAAUCUCCCAUGGCAACAAGGUCAUUCUGAACCACGAUGAUCCCAGCCACUGCAAGAUAUGCCACUGUGAAAACAACACCCUGAGCUGUGAAGAGUGCGCCUCCUUGAACACAUUUACCACUCCCACUCCGACACCCAGUUACGGCACCUUCACAACCCUGCCCUUCACUACCAUGAUGCCCGAGGGCACGUGUGACCGAGCUAUGGAUCUGGCGUUCUUACUGGAUGGCUCAGAAGCCCUGACCGAAGAUGAGUUUCAGGCAACCAAAGAGUUCAUACUGGGAACAAUUGAGAGAUUUCGCAUGGGCUCGGCUCACACUCGAGCCACGGUGCUGCUUUACCACUCUGGAGUUAAAACAUACGGCCUGCAGGUUCAGAAGUGGCUGUUUAAGAAGACUGUGCAUGAGCUUCAUUACACAGGUGGAGAUGCAGCCUUCUUGGAUGAGGCUGUCAAGUACCUUGCCAUCAAUAUCUAUGACAAGAACAAGCGUGAGCAUGCUGGUCGCGUUGCAAUUAUAUUAACUGCCAGUGCAAACCCUCGCUCCAUCCGGUCCAUUGUCAAGAUGCUCCGAAAGAAGAGCAUCACCACCCUGACUGUGGCUCUAGGUCCUGAGGUGGAUAUGAGCCAAAUUAAUGAGAUCACCAAGGCAAACCCAGAAAACAGGGCCUACGUGAUGAGCAGCACAAGUGAGCUGCCUGAUCGUCUUUUGGAGCUAACAGAUUAUCUGUGCACUCUAGGGUUGGAGCCUGAAGUGGCAAAACCUCCAACACCAAAACCUACACCAGUUAAAACUCGCAAGGCCACGAGUACCACUACCCCGACCCCUCGUCUGGAGCCAAACCCAACAAAACAUCUCCCAAACGAUCUUUCACCUACCACACCCUCUGGCCUGUCUCCCAUCACCACAGUGCCAUCCUCCCGUCCUCCAGCGACAGAGUUGACCUUCAUUAUAGAAGGCUCUGAAUCUGUCGGUGAAGCCAACUUUAACAAGUCGCUCCUCUUCCUGGAGGAAGUUAUCUCAGAGCUGACGGAGGAAGAGGAAUUAAUUCGCAUCACCGUGAUCCAGUACUCUGUGACAGUCACUGUGGAGAUCAGCCGGUGGGAGAUAAGGCACCAGAGAACCCGACUACAGCAGCGUCUGCGGGAGAUCCGUUGGAGAGGCGGGAGUAUGACAAACACCGGAGCAGCCGUCCAUACGACUCUUCAAGAAAUAUCUACAAUCCAGCCUCCACAUGGUCCCACCCCUCCUCAGCUGGUCUUCCUCGUGACAGAGAAUCCGCCCACCGAUACUGUGACACGUCCACCAUCUAUAAGCACCCAAACAAAGGUGUAUCCCAUCGGUGUUGGACCAAAGAUUCAUGAAACAGAUUUGCUGCCAUUCAGCUCCCCGCAGCGGCCGCUGAUGGUGGAUGACUACAACCAUCUGACCACUCUCGUCCACCGUGUGGUCAAUAUCACACGCAACACAGUCAGGCCCCGCUCACCAACGCUGCCCCCACUCGUCCUCCCAACACACUCCAGCUUGCCGCCCACAGUUCCAUGUACAAAGCCGAUGGAUGUGCUGUUCCUCUUGAAGGCUGGGGAGCAAUUGGAGGACAUGAAGACAUUUGUCAAAGCGUUCAUCAGUAAUUCUGACACGGGGCCGAAUGGUACUCAGAUGGGUGUCAUUCAGUAUGGAGACGCCAACACGGUUGAAUUCAUUUGGAAAGACCAGCAGAUCAAAUCUGACCUCCUGAAGCGGGUGCAGAACAUUCCAAGCAGGACUGCUGCAGCCCCUGCGCUAGGGUCUGCACUGCGAUUCGCUGUGCAGACAUCCAUCUCAUCAGCCAGUGGGGGGAGAGUCGGUGUAGCCAAGGCUGUCGUGAUGCUUGUAACUGACAAAUCAACUGAUGAUAUCACAGAGGCAGUAAACGAGGCAAUGGCAGCCGGUGUCUCAGUGUUCCCCAUAGGGAUUGGCGCGAGCUAUGACAUCAAUGAACUUAGUGUGCUGGGUCGGCAUGGAAACGAGGACAACACUCUGCACCUGAACAGCAUGGAUCAGUUACGGAUGUUCCUAACUCUGGACAGGAGUUAUCAAGAGAAAAUCUGCAGAGCUGGUCCACCAGGAGUGUGUGUUGAUGACAAUGGAAAUGAGAGAAAGCCUGGUGAAUCAUGGCUCCUGGAGGACGGAUGCCACUCUCUCCUCUGCCACCCUAGUGGAGCGGUGACAGUUCAAAAUCACAAAGUCAGCUGUAACAAACUGGAGCCGCCAGCGUGCAGAAACAACAUGCCUCCCGUCAAAGUCGAGGAGGCCUGUGGCUGCCACUGGGAAUGUCCUUGCAUGUGCAUGGGCAGCUCCACCAACCACGUGGUGAGAUUUGACGGCUUGGCUCUCAGGCUAGAUGGGGAGGGGUUGUGCUCCUACUCACUUCUCACAGUCAGCAAGGGCAACGAUGAGGGGUCAGAGGUCAAACUCCACACUGGACCUUGUCAAGACUCAGCGAAUUACAACCAGAUCUGUAUGAAAGCCAUGGAGGUGACCCAUGGACCUUAUAAGCUGCUGCUGCGGAAUGACAUGGUGGCACUUAUUGAUCAUGAAGAGCUUGCGUUACCAUGGCGACACGCCGGCCUGGAGCUGGUGCGUUACGGAGGAGUGAUGCUGCAGCUGAAGUCAGAUCAUGGCUACGUCCUGACUUUUACCCCUCAGAGCAAUGAGUUCACCAUCACAUUACUCAGCUCUACAACCAGUGGUCACACUGCUGGACUCUGUGGUGCAUGUGGUGAGGACAAGGUUAAUGUCCUGUCUUUACGUGACGGCAGCACAACUACCAAUCAGCCUGCGUUCGUCUCAGACUGGACUGUGGCUGCUGAUGGGGGUGUGUGCCUGCCGAAACGCAAGGCAGUGUGUUUGUCUGGAGCAGCGAUGGGAUGUCAGGCCCUGCGUUCAGAGGUGUUUGAGCCAUGCUACGCGUUCAUUCCUGUCCAUGUUUUCCUCACCAAGUGUGAAGAGCAGGCAUGUGAGGAAUCAGAUGCAUGCGAGGUAAUAUCUGCCUAUGCACGGCUCUGCAGACAAAGAGGUGUGUGUGUGGAUUGGAGGAGCCCCCAUCUCUGUCCACUACAGUGCCCAAGUUCCAUGGAGUACGAUGCAUGUCGGACAGGGUGUGUAGAGGACUGUGGAAGCAUACAGACGUUGCCAGGCGACUGGUCGGUUGCCAGGGGUAACGAAUCAUCCUGUAUGGACACGCCCACUGAAGGCUGUUUCUGUACUGGAGGAACAGUUUUGCAUCAUGGACAGUGUGUCUCACCAGAAGCAUGUGGGCAGUGCGUCGACCAUCAUGGACGCACAUAUGCGCAUAUGCAGAGUUGGGUGCCAGAUGACAGCCCGUGUAUGAUUUGCAUGUGUUUGGACCAACAACGCAUCAACUGCACUGCCAGACCCUGCAAUGAUGUCAAAGCUCCAAGGUGUGGCCCCUGUGAGAUCCUGAGAGAGAGGAGGGAAUCCAAGUGCUGCCCCCAGUACGAGUGCGUGUGUGAUCUGGUGAACUGUGACCUACCUGAAGUGCCCCGCUGUGAGGAUGGUCAAACUGUGGUCCUGAAAAACCCUGGGGAAUGCCAGCCCAGCUAUGAGUGUGAGUGCAAAAAAGAAGAGUGUGCUGUUCGAACUCCUCCCAUCUGUCCGGCACAUCGCCAACUGUCAGUCAAAAAGACAACGUGCUGUGAUGAUUUUGAAUGCUCAUGCAGCUGCCAGAACUCUACCCACGCCUGCACUGAUGGGUUUAUCCCAUCCUCCUCUACCAAUGACUGCGGCUGCACUGAAACCAGCUGCUUGCCUGGCAAGGUGUGUGUGGUGGGUGGCGCGGUUCACCCAGUGGGCAGCCACUGGGAGGAAGGCUGCGAGACAUGCAGCUGUACCGAGCUACAAGACAAAGACACAUCUCUCCACGUUCCCCAGUGUAAACCGCUUGUGUGUGAUCGGACCUGCCCUCAGGGCUCGACAUACACUCAAAAAAACGGGGAAUGCUGUGGAAAGUGCACACCAAGCAGCUGUGUGGAGUCUGGGGGAGAGAUGCGAGGGGACACUCUCAUCGGAGCAAACCUUAGACACGUGGGAGAAGUAUGGCAUUCUCCAAAUGAUAAAUGUGUCAUGCGUCAAUGUGUGAAAGUGAAUGAGGAGGUGUUCAUUUCAUCAACAAAUGUCAGCUGUCCUGUAAUGGACACUCCAUCCUGCCCACUUGGAACCGAGCUACGCUGUGACACCCAGGAGUGCUGCCCCCGCUGUCAUUGUGCCCCAAUGAAUGCCUGCAUCUUGAAUCAAACCAUGAUAGGAGCAGGCGAGAGGAUGAUGGUGGAUUUGUGUACACACUGUGAGUGUAUGGUGGAGAACGGUCUGGUGACAAAAUAUAAACUAUCUUGCAGACGCACCACCUGUCCCACCUGCCCCAGGGGAUACACACUGCAAAAGGAGGAAGAUAGUUGCUGUGGUCGCUGUGUUGCUACUGCUUGCUUCAUACAAAAACCUGAUGGACAACUCAUUAAUGUGGAAGUCAACACGACUAAAGAGGACGGCUGCAGCAUGCAUACUUGUGGGGUGAACAGUAGAGGGGAUCUUGUCCUGGAAACCAAAGUAACCACCUGCCCUCCUUUGAACCGCCAAGCCUGUCUGGAUGAAGGGGGGAAAGUCAGCCAAAUUGGAACAACUUGCUGUGAGAUGUGUACGGAGCCAGAGUGUCGAAGGACAGUAGGAAGACUUGACUAUAUCAGAGUGGAUGACUGCCAGUCAGAGCAACAGGUAGAACUGCACUACUGUGAGGGUAAAUGUCGCAGUAAAUCCAUGUACUCCCUUCAGAGUGCAGCUGUAGAGCAGGAUUGUGUGUGUUGUGCUGCCGUGGAAACGGAGCCGCUCAACGUGCCAGUCCUUUGCACCAAUGGCACCCGCAGCCACCACACCGUCCUGUCAGUCACCGCAUGCGACUGUCUGUCCAAACACUGCACCUAGAGAAAAGAAGAGUCCGGAAAAUGUUUAAAUGCUUUGUGUGUAUCCAAGCAAAACGUACCCAUGUAGGAAAAACUGCUACAAAAUAAAAAUGUAAAAGCUCCAUAUAACAAUAAAACUAACUAGCCAGUCUCUGUAAGCUUUAUGAUGUUUUGCUAUCAUCUGAAUAUUCCUUUUACGAUGUGGUUGUAAACGUUUAUGCUUGUUUUUUCUUUUUUUGUUUAAACAGCUUAGAAAGUUUAUAUUUGUUUGAACGUGAGUUCAGUUUGUCAUUUUGUGCAAACAAAUUUUAAUAAAAAAAAUAUCCUAAAA